CCUAACCUUACCUAUACAGCCAAACUCUGGACAACUUCUUUGUUUUAAUCAGUUAAGUUUUUGUAGAAUAUUUUUAUUUUAACUGCCUCCUUUGUAAAAUUUCUCUUUCAUAAUGACUAAUUCAAGUUCUAGUUGUAGCUCUGUUCCACUGGAUUUCAAUUUGUCCUGUGCCUCCUCGCUGGAAACUCCUGUCAAAAGCAGUCUAAAUUGGAACCUGUGCCCCCUGUGCUUUAGAUCCAACAAGGUUUUCUACUGCAAAUCUUGUAUAAAUAACGGGGACUUCAUCCAUUCCACAAUCAGUUCGGCAGAAAGGUAUGGGGACAAGCAGAUUCGACUUUUACAAUUGAAGAAAGAGAAAAGCACAAUCGUGGAGAGAUGUGAGAAGAAAAUGGCUGGUCGUGUCCAAAUGGGACUGCUGGCAGGUCAAAUUAUUGAAACGAAAGAAAAAAUCAAACUUCUGAGGCUCAUCAUUAAAGAAACUCAUGAGAAAAUUGGCAAAAGGAAGGAGGAAUUACAUCAUCUAGUUGACAUGAACAAACAACGAGCUGCGCGUCUUCCAAGGUACGAAGAGCGGGUCAACAAACUUGAAAGUUAUGCUCAACAAAAACAUCAUGAAGCUGUGCAAACUAAAGAAAAUGUGGAAAAAGUACGAGUACAAUUAAAGCAGACCAUUCAGACGAAUGUAAAGCAACUUUUUGAGUAUAUUUUUCCAAUAAAUGUGAUUAAACCGAACAGAAGCAGUUUGAUAAGUAACAGUCAAGAGGAUGGCUCUGAAAGAGAAACAGUAAGUGCUUUGUUGGAGGCAACCCACACUGCAUAUGUGCGGGGACGUUGGGUCUACACAGACUGCUCUGGAGAAUGGCAACACUCAAUUGUGGCGCCCACACUACCAGCAUCUGGAGACUAUAGUGCCUAUAAUUUAUGGGUAUCUGCAAAUAAAGAUGGGGUGCCAGGAAGUAACACAGAGGCUGUAGAUCAUAAUCCUGCAUACAACAUCAGUGCUGCUCUUACCUUCACAACUCAGCUUGUCAAUGUGUUAGCAUAUUUUCUAGAUGUGCGACUUCCUUGCAAGUUAUCUUACAGUGAAUUUUGCACCAAUGAACUAAGUGAGCAGAAGUUCACGAAAAGAGUAGCUCGCCUGAAUGCAAGUGUGCUACAUUUAUGCUUUUCACAGAAUAUGAAACCAGAAGUGCUGCAUCCAACCCGAACUCUCCACAAUAUUCUAAAUUUCUUGAAUGCUGAAGUCUGUGAUCUUGGAAGGCAAGGACCAAUAGAAGUAGACAAAGGUUUAGCAAAUAUGUUGGAGGAUUUCCUUUGUUCUCGAUUGGAAGAAUUGACAGAUGACAUCGAUGAAUCUGAAGAUGAUAGUGACCAUCUGCCUUACGAGUGGGAAAAUGUUGGUCAUAUAGGCCAUGUUGAUGCAACAGUUGCCAACAAUAACAUGCUCACAGGACCUAAUACGACAAGUAUGGCAGGUGGACUUGUUUCAAGUGCUGCUGCCGGCAUUGCAUCAAUAUUCCGAGGCUGGGGUAUGACCAAUAGAUAGCCACCACCAACGAUGCUUUAAGUCUCUUGAUUUAAAGCAUUAUUCUAGAUGCAACUAUAACUCCAAUAGGUUUGUUCAACAUUCAUUCAUGCCAAGAUUCUAGGACAGAGUUCCGAUUCUUGUCAUUUUUAAUCAGACAAAGAAUUUUAAGGAUUUUCAUGAACAUUUUCUUCAAAAGACGUCCAUUAUCCUCACUCGAUAGCUCCUACUCUUUUGUGUUGUCCAUUUUGUUAGGCACUACAUAAUUAAGUGUAAUUAUGUUCAAAGCUUUUGCAUUUUAAUGUUGCUGUCUACUAAACCAAAAUAACUGUUCUUUGCUAAGUACCUCUAAUGCUGCUGUAUUUGCCCCCAUUUUUAAUUUCCAACUAGAAGCCUCCAUUUUUCAAUCUUAAAAUCAUUAAUAGACUGAAGUGAGUCUCCUGUGUACUUCAGAGUGAUGUCAACUUUAAUGAAAUGUCAUAAAAAUUUACUAAUAACCCAGUUAGACAAAAAAUAUUUUACAAACAUAAAAAAUUAGCAUUUUCUUAUUUAUAUUUAUAAAUUUAAUAUUGUUAAUUAUUGUCAAAUAUUUUUAAAAUUUGUUGGCUAACUGGGAAGCUGCAGUGAAAUUUUAAAGAGUCCCAGAAAACAAGAGAAAUUUUUUUUAAGAACCAAAGAAAAUUUUAGCAGACUCAGAAUUUGAUGACAGCAAGGGUCAAUAAUAUUCCCGAUCAUGCGCAACAAUUGUGGAAAGCCCUCGAAUUUUUUUUUGCAACGUCUGGCAUGGAAAUGAUGAAAUAAGCGUUGAUACCAGCAUACUUACCACCAUUUUAGAAUAUUCUUCCCACUGGUCGACCGAAAAACCUGACAAUUAAAGAAAAAAGGUCAUUACUUAUUGUGGAAGCACUUUUUCGAUUUGCAUGGAAUAAUAGAAAACAGGGAACUUUUUUAAGCGGGAUUACCGGUAGAAUUUGAUCUAAAGAUAGCACUGUGUACCCACCAUCUUGCAUUUGAAAAAUUGAUGUGACAGUGUGACCCAGGCUAACAUGAUUUUUCAUUGAAUUGCUAAGAAAAGAUCUGCAUUUUAUACCCUUUUGCAAAAUUUUUUGAGACUGUAACGCAGGCGAUUUUCCCAUGGUGAAAAAAUAUGCUCAAAUUUUUGGGAUCAAAGUUUUCAAAGUUCAGAUGAAGUUUGUUCAUUCUUUCCAUUCUCAACAACCCUAGAAAAUUUUGAAGUAGAUUUUAUCUAUUAUUGAGUGAUUUACAUUUAGAGAUUAAAAAAUUUUGCUGCUAUUUUUUCCCAAAUUUUGCUGUUAUUUUUGCUGAUCUUGCGUUUAACAGCUUAAAAUAAAGCUUCUAAUUUGAUUUAGCAUGCCAUUGCUCAGUCUCUCUCUCUAGUCCUACUUUACAGAAGCACCUUAAGACUGUUUAUUUUUUCUUGAUAAAAAAAUAUGCUCACAAACAACUCGGUAAUUUCUUUCUUCUGAAAAAGAGCGUGAUAAAUUUUGUCUUACACGCGUACGUACGUAAAUAACACAAAAAUGUACGGAUUUCGCCGAUCGCGCGGAUUCCGAGCAAUUUCGCGUUAAAUCCGGCAAACGGCCGAUUUCGCUUCAUAUUUUCGUGAUCAGGGGGUUAUGAUCGGUGCUUCUGUCUGGUUUCAGAUUCUUAAGCACAUUUUAAAUAUUUCACGGCGAAUUGCAGGGGCGAAAUUUUCCAAUCUCUAUUUACAUCUCACAGUAAAUUGAAAAUUUAAGUUUUCGAAAUCCUACUGUUGCCAAGAUGGUUUUGACUUCAAUUUUAAACUUUUCCAGGAAUUAAAGUAUGUACAAGGUUGCAUAUUUAAGCUCUGAGCUGACAAAGUUCGACUUUUUACAGUUGUUUACCAGUAAGUUCGGCAGUGUUCAAUUAAGAUUUUUAGAAUUUGAAGUCUGAAUCUUUUAAAAUCUUGAAACUCAGCUGUCAAAGAUUUAGCGCAACUAUAUAAUCAAAUAAUGUAAUUUGAUUGGAAUCUGUGAUCUUUUCAAAUACUUGAAUCUUGUAAUCUUUUUAAGUAACACAAUUAAUAAGUGGCAAAAUCAAAUCAGUAAAGAGAGGAGAACACUGAAAACGCAAA